AUGGAACUCUGUUGGAAGACACUGACCUCUUGAUUUCGAAGAACGCGAAGAACCAGAGGGGAUGUCAUCCGAACGGGAUGGAGGGGAUCCAAACGGCAACGGCGGCCAAUCAGACAGCCGCUUGAAGAGCAAGAAACCGCCCAGUUUGACCAUUGCCAUUCCACCCUCUGAGGAAGAAGAUCAAACAGCCAAACAACCACUGCGAGCAUCACAGAAGAAGAGCGUGAGUCUACAGCAGUCCAGCGAUGCGUUGUCGGACGGCGGCCCGUCUGCAGGAGAACGGAGGGCGGCGUUUCGCAGACAGACCUCUCUCUCGCAGAGCAUACGCAAAGGCACGGCAGAGUGGUUUGGAGUGGGUGAAUGUGACGCAAAGCAGCAGGUAUGGCAGAGGAAGAGUCUACGUCACUGCAGCCAGCGUCUCGGCAAACUCAAAAUCCAGUACCGCGACAUGCAGGAAAUGCCCAGCGUGGACCAGGGCCCGGACUCCCCGGCAACCUCCAAGAUGCCAAAAAUUGUGGACCCCCUGGCGCGUGGACGACCAUUCCGUUACGACGACACGGAUCGGCCGAGGACGCCCCACACGGCCCACGCCCCGCUGACCCCGGGCGUUACCUCGCUCUGCUCCUUCACCAGCCAGCGCUCGGGUUACACCCGCCUCCCGCGGAGAAAGAGGGAGUCUGUCGCCCGCAUGAGCAUCCGUGCCGCCUCCAACCUCCUGAGGGGUCGUCCGAGUCUGCAUGGUUCUCAGACACGGCGUGGUUUCCAGAGACGCAGUUUCGCCAGGCCCAGCUGGCAAGACGAGGACACGGUGGAUGGGGUUGACACGUCUGACUCAGUCUUCUUCAGCAAGGUGGAUGUUCAUGACGAACUGUACUCCAUGGCGGAUGAUGUGUUUGAGUCACCCCCUCUGUCGGCCGCCUUUGCCGCGGCCGACGUGCCCCUCGGGGAAGGAGCCGCUUAUCCAAGCUUUAAGGACAUCUCUAAAACCCCACCCCCGGCGGAGCAGGGCGACCCGCGGAGGGGUCGGCGGAUCGCCUCCCAGGUGAAGCACUUUGCCUUCGACAAGCAGAAGCGUCAGUACGGGAUGGGGGUGGUGGGGAAGUGGCUUAACCGACAUUACCGUCACAGCCUGAGCAGUCAAGUCCAGAAGCAACUGGAAGAUUUCCACAGCCACCGGCCUUACUUCACCUACUGGAUCACGUUUGUGCACAUAGUCAUCACGCUGCUGGCCAUUUGCACUUAUGGCUUUGCCCCAGUUGGCUUUGCCCAGCACGCCGUUACAGAGCUGGUAUUGAGAAAUAAAGGGAUCUAUGAGAGUGUGAAGUAUGUGCAGCAGGAGAACUUUUGGGUCGGUCCAGGCUCUGAAGAUCUGAUACACCUGGGGGCAAAAUUUUCCCCCUGCAUCAGAAAGGACAGUCAAAUUGUCACACUUAUUCAGAAAGCCAAGAACAUGGAGAGGGAGUCAGGCUGCUGUGUACAAAACGACAAUUCAGGUUGUGUUCAGACCAUGAGAGAUGACUGCUCGGAGACCUUAGCUACCUUUAUUGAACGGACCAGUGAUGAUGAAGCUGAUGCAACUCGUGCAGUGUGUCACCAAGACCCCAGGACCUGUGAAGAGCCCGCUUCAGCACCACCUCACGUGUGGCCCGAGGACAUCACGCAGUGGCCAAUCUGCACUUUCCCAAAGAAAUGGAAUCACACGGGGUACAGGCACAUGGACUGCACAAUCAAAGCCAGGCCCUGCUGCAUAGGAACAAAGGGCAGGUGCGAAAUAGCCACACGUGAUUACUGCACGUUUAUGCACGGCUACUUUCACGAAGAGGCCACGCUUUGCUCCCAGGUACAUUGUCUGGACGACGUGUGUGGUCUCCUGCCUUUCCUAAACCCUGACGUCCCAGAUCAGUUCUACAGACUGUGGCUCUCUCUCUUCCUUCAUGCUGGGCUGCUGCAUUGCCUGGUUUCUGUGGUGUUUCAAAUGACCAUCCUCAGGGAUCUGGAGAAGCUUGCUGGUUGGCUACGAAUUUCUAUCAUCUACAUCUUGAGCGGGAUCACGGGGAACCUGGCCAGUGCCCUCUUCCUGCCCUACAGAGCCGAGGUGGGUCCUGCCGGGUCUCAGUUCGGUCUGCUGGCCUGCCUGUUCGUGGAGCUCUUCCAGAGUUGGCAGAUUUUGGAGAAACCAUGGAAGGCUUUCUUUAAACUUCUGGGGAUCAUGCUCUUCCUUUUCCUCUGUGGCCUUUUACCGUGGAUCGACAACAUCGCCCACAUCUUCGGCUUCCUCAGCGGCCUCCUCCUCUCCUUCGCCUUCUUGCCCUACAUCACCUUCGGGACGAUGGACAAGUACCGCAAACGAAUACUCAUCCUUCUGUCGCUGCUGGUCUACAUAGGGUUACUCUCCUCACUGUUUGUGUGGUUCUACGUCUACCCUAUCAACUGGCAUUGGCUGGAGCACCUUACCUGCCUGCCCUUCACUAGCAAGUUCUGUGAGCGCUAUGACAUUGACCAUGUGGUCCACUAG